AUGACGCGAUCGAAACUUCCCAGUUUUCUCCUCGCCACGUGGCUGCUCGGCACGAUCGCUACUAAGUCGCGAAUGAGCGACUUUCUGCAAAGCUUGCAGGAGUACGAGAUCGUUUACCCUCGAGUGAUCCCGAAUGAGAGCGCGCGGAACAGAAGAUCGACCCACGAAGACCGAGAAACUUGGCGCGAGUAUCUCCACCAAGAACCGGUGUUCCUCGAGAUCAGCAACUGGACCUUAAGGACCAUGGCCAACGAUCGAUUGAUACUGUCGUCGAAUUUCACCGUGAAUUGGGUGCGCCAGGGUAAAACCAAGUCCGAGCGACGUAACGCCAAGGCGAACUGCGAUCUUCGACAAGGCAGCUUGGAAGGAGACGCGAGUUCCUUCGUCGUCGUGACGAUAUGCGAAGAAGAAGUGUACGCCUUGAUGAUGAUCGGGCAGAGAUCGUUCUUCGUUCAGCCGCUGACGAAUGGCCAGCAUGUGAUGUUUCAGCCGAAAAACGAAAAGUGGUGGUCGAUCAGGAAUAAUUCGAGCUUCGUGUCUGUGAAUCCGGAAAAUCCUGCAGGGAAAUCGAAUAAAUUUGAAGUUGAAGAAAGUAAGAGAAAGUCGAAACGAAGAAAACGCGAUUCCUUAAGCCACGAUGUUCAGGGAUUUUAUAAUCUUUCCGGUGACGUCUUCGACGUGGAAUACCCAGAAGCUGAGAAAUUGAUUCUGUACGAUGAAAAAGACGAUGUCUCCACAGAAUACAACGAUACAAUAGUGGAAGAAUUAUCGAUCGACGUAAAUCCUGUUGAGAAAUGCUCAGUUGGAGUCGACCACGCCUUAAUUGCUAAGACGCAUUGGGAGAGUUUAGACGUUUGCUGUGUGAUUUGGUGUUUUGUAUAAGAGAGAAAAUAAAAGGUGUGAUAACCAAUCCGAGUGGAUCCGAGAUUGAUUAUCAACCCCAACCUAUAUAAAAUAACAAAUCCCGAGGAAAUUGGAUACUUCUCUGGUUCUAAAUGGCAAAGGAACAGAUUAUCAA